AUGGAUAUACAUCGUCAGAUCUGUAGCUCUGGCCAGCAAGGCGCCAUCCAUUGUAUUGACAUGCACACCACCGGCGAGCCCACACGUAUCAUUAUGAGCGGGUUUCCCAGCCUGAAAGGCGCGCUUUUGGAGCAACGUGAAGCAUACCGGAGAGACCACGACCGAUGGCGCAGGGUAGCUAUGCUUGAACCACGAGGCCACGAGGGCAUGUACGGUGCGCUCAUCGUGCGCGACUCGGAGCUCAUAGCCUCUGGCGAAGCGCACAUCGCCGUCCUGUACCUGCACAAUGAGGGCUACUCGACCAUGUGCGGCCAUGCCGCGAUUGCGAUGGGCCGAUUCCUGGUCGACACCCACGACCCUAACGUCUUUCCUCUGCGUCACAGUCUCCCCUUUGACCCUACUACUGAGACAACCACUGUCAAUCUUCAUACGCCGUGCGGAAUCAACCGACUGACGGUGCCGACGACGUCCGAUGGUCGCUCGGCAGACAGCUCGCGGCCGGUGUCCUUCCUGUCCGUGCCAUCCUUUGCAGGAGCACUGGACGUGAGGGUCGAGAUUCCGCUUGAGAAGCGCUGGCCGGAGUUACAAGGCCGCACCUCGGUGACAGUCGAUCUGUCUUACGGUGGGGCCUGGUACUGCAUGGUUGGCGCGCAGGAGCUCGGGUUCCGCGCGGGGCUGAAGGCGUUGGACAUGAAGAUGUACGAUCGGAUCACAUCCAUCAUCAAGGCGGAGAUCGUGAAUACGCUCGAGUUGCGCAACCAGAUCUCCGUCCCGUCCGCUAUGGACACCGAAUUCGAUUUGUACGGCGUCAUGGUGGUCGACCGAGUCAACGCCGCCCCGGUGCCGGGCGUCGACAGCGUCGAGACCGGACUGUGCUUCUUCGCAAGUCAACAAAUUGACCGGUCGCCUACGGGAGGCUGCGUUGCGGCGCGUAUGGCCCUCGCCCACGCCAAGCAGGAGAGCAAAUUGGGGGAGCGCCAGGCUUUCCACUCUUUUGUGUCUAACGCGUAUGCCGGCCAAGGAGCAUUCGUGGGCUCGAACGUCGAGGAGGUUGACAUCGCCGGAGGUUAUGGCAUCUCUGCCAAGGGCGUGGUGGUACGGAUUGAGGGAUACGGCUAUUACACUGGCGCCUGCACUUUCCUGACGGAACCGAUGGACCCGAUUGCGGAUGGCUUUUCGGUCAGGGAGAUCGAGAUGGCAUCUACACAGUGA